GUUAGGGCACACAAUCCAAUUGUGAUCUUCAUCUCCCCCAAUUUCCCCUCCUUUUUCUCUUCAAAUUUUCAAUUGGAAAGUGAACUGUGGUUGGAUUUCGCCGAGAUAUAGCAAUGGACGGACAUUCGUCGCAUUUAACGGCGCCGGUCCGUUCUCGGAGCUCUCAGUCUCCGUCGCCCUCCCACUCCGCCUCGGCCUCUGCCACCUCAUCCAUCCACAAGCGCAAACUGCAGCCCGAUGAUCACGCGCCACCGUUUCCUCCCUCCUUCUCCGACACGCGCGACGGCCCUCUCACCUCCAACGACGACCUCGAGAGCAACAGCGUCCGCGGCGCCGACUCCGACUCCGAUGAAGAGUCGGAGGAGGUCGUCGACGACGAGGAGGAGGAGUACGACAAUUCCAUGCGCAAUUUCACCGCUUCUCGGCUGGAGAGCAGCAAUAACGCCGCCGCCGCGAGGAACACGAAGAUCAAGGUUGAGCCUUCGGUCAAGGUUGAGCCUUCCGACACAGUGAAAGAGGGAAAUAUUAAUAGCAGUAGCUCAGGCGCUGCUGCGGCGACAGGGGCAAACGGAUCGGUUCCUGGCAUUGUUGUGAAGGAGGAUACUGUGAAGAGCAUUUUUACAGAUAAUAUACAGACCAGCGGUGCUUAUAGUGCAAGAGAAGAGAGUUUGAAGAGAGAAGAAGAAGCAGGAAACCUCAAAUUUGUAUGCGCGUCCAAUGAUGGUGUUGAUAAACACAUGAUUUGGCUGAUAGGAUUGAAGAACAUCUUUGCCAGGCAACUUCCUAAUAUGCCAAGAGAGUACAUUGUACGUCUCCUAAUGGAUAGAAACCACAAGUCUGUGAUGGUUAUUAGACGGAAUACGGUGGUUGGUGGUAUUACAUAUCGCCCUUACAUCAGCCAAAAUUUUGGGGAGAUAGCUUUUUGUGCUAUUGCGGCUGAUGAACAAGUUAAAGGCUAUGGCACACGACUUAUGAAUCACUUAAAGCAGCACGCACGUGAUGUGGAUGGCCUAACACAUUUCCUCACAUAUGCUGAUAACAAUGCUGUCGGUUACUUUGUCAAGCAGGGCUUCACUAAAGAAAUAUACUUGGACAAAGAACGAUGGCAAGGCUAUAUUAAGGAUUAUGACGGAGGAAUCCUUAUGGAGUGCCACAUUGAUCCAAAGCUUCCGUACACUGAUUUAUCAACAAUGAUACGCCGUCAGAGACAGGCAAUUGAUGAAAAGAUUAGGGAGCUCUCGAAUUGUCACAUUGUCUACCCCGGCAUUGAUUUUCAGAAGAAAGAGGCUGGGAUUCCCAAAAGGCCAAACAACAUUGACAUACCUGGCUUGAGAGAGGCAGGCUGGACCCCUGACCAGUAUGGCCAUUCUCAAUUUAAACCAAUAAACUUGUCAACAGAUGUUACCUCUCAUCAGAAACAAUUGACUGCAUUCAUGCGCUCACUUAUUAAGGCGAUGCAUGAUCAUCCUGAUGCUUGGCCAUUUAAAGAACCUGUAGAUGCACGAGAUGUCCCUGAUUACUAUAACAUCAUUAAGGAUCCAAUGGAUUUAAAAACAAUGUCAAAGCGGGUAGAAUCCGAGCAGUAUUAUGUAACUUUGGAGAUGUUUGUGGCAGAUGUUCGGAGAAUGUUCUCGAAUGCACGCACGUAUAACUCCCCAGAGACGAUCUAUUACAAAUGUUCCACCAGAUUGGAAGCACAUUUUACAAACAAAGUUCAAACUGGUUUGCAAGCUAGUACCAAGAUUCAGCCAUAAUUUCAGUUACUUGUAUCACCAUCACUCUUGUUCAAGCUCUGUAACUUAUUGUCCUAGAUUGGAUAGUAACAAUGUACCAUUAUCGAACUCUUUAAAUUAGUUCUACUUGGUCUACUGGCCAAGCUAGUAGAUUACUUCCCUA